AUGCGGCGGCAGGCGGGCAAGCCCACGGCAGCGCGCCGGGGCAGCGGGGCAGUGGGCUUUGCCAGCAGCAUGCUGUUGCUGAGCCGCUCCGGUCUCCAUCUCCCAGCUUUGUGGUGGUACCUCUUCCUGUCCACCGAUGCCCAGGAGGUGGCCACGUUCACGGUGCAGUACCGGGUGUUCGAAGAAGUGCUGCCGGGAACGGUGAUAGGGACGCUGGCCGAGCACUUCGAGGGGGGCGAGAGCGGCGAAACAGCGGAUACCUUCCAGCUGAUGGAGACCCCCAGGAGGUUCCCGCUGCACGUGGGGAGCGGGGACGGGGUGCUCAGCACGGCUGGACGGGUGGACAGGGAGCCACUGUGCCGGCACAGCGAUCCUUGCUGGGUCUCGUUUGACGUGCUGGCUGCCCGAAACCUGGCUCUGAUUCACGUGGAGGUUCAAGUGCUGGACAUCAAUGACAACGCGCCGCGGUUCCCCACGCCCGAGCUGGAGCUGGAGAUGUCAGAGAGUGCAUCCCUGAGGACACGGAUCCCGCUGGACCGAGCCCUGGAUGCCGAUGCUGGCCCCAAUGCCCACUGCUCCUACAGCCUCUCCCCCAGUGAGCACUUUGCGCUGGAGGUUGUCUCCAGCUCCGAUGGGACAAGGCACGCGGAACUUGUCAUGGUUAAAGAAGUGGACCGGGAGCUGCACUCCUCCUUCGACCUCGUGCUGACAGCCACUGAUCACGGGGAGCCGCCAAAAUCAGGUACCGCUUUAAUUAAAGUAAUUGUCCUUGACUCCAAUGAUAACAGCCCCGUCUUUGCAGAGAGCUCUUUGAUGGUAGAGGUUCGGGAGGAUGCUCUGCCUGGGACCCUCCUCGUGACAGUCAUGGCCACUGACCCUGACCAGGGUCCCAAUGGGGAAAUCGAAUACAGCCUGAGCAAGCACGCACCCCCGGAGGUGCUGAGCGCUUUUGGCAUCGAUGCCCGCACGGGCAGCAUCAUCCUGAAGCACCCGCUGGACUACGAGGAAACCCAUGCCUACGAGCUGGACGUGCAAGCCCGGGACCUGGGCGCUAACCCCAUCCCAGCACACUGCAAGAUCGUGGUCAAAGUCCUGGAUGUCAACGACAACGCUCCUGACGUCCACGUCACCUGGGCUGCACGGGCACCCGUGCUCUCCGAAGCCCUCCCCAAAGACAGCUUCGUGGCUCUGGUGACAGCCAGUGACCCCGACUCAGGAAGCAACGGGCAAGUGCAUUGCUCCCUCAGUCAAGGGUAUGAGCACUUCAGGCUGAAGAGGACCAACAGCCAUAGCUACGUGUUGAUGACCAAUGCCACGCUAGACAGGGAGCUGCGUGCUGAGUACAACCUGACGCUGCUGGUGCGGGACCACGGAGACCUCUCCUUGGCUGUGCUGAAGCACCUCACCAUCUGCAUCAGUGAUGUGAACGACAAUGCCCCUUCCUUUGAAAAGGCCACCUAUGAGGUUGCCGUUGCUGAGAACAGUGAAGCACCUGCCUUCUUGCUCACUGUCCGUGCUACUGACCCCGACCUGGGUUUCAACGGGAGAAUCACCUACAGCAUCCCGGACUCCUCUGUGUCAGGUCUACUCUCAAUCGACCCCACCACUGGGGAUGUUUUUGCCCUCCAAGCUUUUGAUUAUGAGCAGAUGAGGAGCCUGGAGUUCCUGGUGACCGCGGAGGAUGGUGGUCACCCCAAGCUGGCGUCCAACAUCUCUGUCAGGCUGGCUGUGCUUGACCGGAAUGACAACGCACCCAUCAUCACUGCACCAGUGCUGGUGGGAGGCGUGGCCACACUCUCUGUCCUGGUCAAUGCGGAGACGGGGUGCCUCUGGGUGGCCCCUGGGAAUGGGACCACCCAAGAGACUGCAGCAGUGACCAAUGCGACACUUGUGUCAUGUGCCAGCACUCCCUUCCUCUUCACCGUCAUGGCCAAGGAUGUGGACUCUGGCAUCAACGGGGCUCUCCGCUAUGAUCUGGUGGGUGGGGGUGAUGCCAGGCUCUUCAUCCUGGACCCUGUCUUGGGGCAGGUCUUCCUCAACACCAGCAAUGCCAGCAGCCUUGCCGGCAGCGAGCAGGAGCUGGUGGUCCGGGUGAGCGAUGGGGGAGACAUCCCCCUGCACACCGUGGUCCGUGUCCACUUAUUUUUCCGGCAUCACGGCGCAUUCUCCAAAAUAUCAGCCCAGGAUCCCGGGUGGCUGAACCCGUCUGUGGUGGUCGUUCUCUGCCUGGCCGGUCUCCUGGGUGGGUGCCUUCUCCUUUUGGCUUUAACCCUGUCUUUGCGUAAGAAGGAGAAGAAGGACGGCAUGGCCUACAACUGCAGGGAGGCAGAGGAUGCCCGCAGGCAGCAGCAGCUCAAGCAGCCUCACAGGCAGAUCCAGAAGGCAGACAUCCACCUCGUCCCGCUGCUCCGGGGGUCUACCUGCACCCAUGAGGAUGCCAGGGAGCCGGGGUGGAGGGCCUUUCCUGCCUUACAGCAAAUCUCCCAGCUGCUCUCCCUGCUGCACCAGGGCCAGUUCCAGCCCAAAACAAACCACAGGGGAAACAAGUACACGGCCAAGAACGGCAGCAGGGCUGCGGGGCUGGAUGCCGACUGCCUGAGCACGAAGGACAGCGGGCAUGGCGAGAGCGAGGCAGAGGACCGCGAUUCGGAGAGCGGGUUCGAGCUCUCCGUGCAGCAGCUGGUGGGAGAGGAGCUGGAGACCCUCCUGGAGCCGCAGGCAGAGCUGGCCCUCAAGAGGCUGACGGCUGCUGACCCAGCAUGGGUGGCUCGGCUCUCCUUGCCACUCACCAGUAGUUACAAGGACAACGUCUUCUGCCCCGACUCUCUGCAUUCACCUCAGGAUGAAGAAGCUGCAACGCAGGAGAAACCAAGGACCUUUGAGACCUUCGGCAAAGGUGCUGGGGCUGACUCUAAUGCCACUGGGACAAGACUGGCCAGCACUUUCCUUUCAGAAAUGAGCACCCUCUUUGAAAUGAUUUUGUCCCAGAAGGUCCAAGUCCACAACGAAACAGGCUCGGGGCUUCUGCAGCAGCUGUCGGCACAUGGGAAGAGCCUUGGACUGGAAGACAGUGCUCCUGUUCUGUAGGCAGCUUGACGGCUGUGAUAAGGAGAUUAGAAUCAGAUAGAGCUUCUUUCU